AUUCUUAAAACAGAGAAAGAGAAAGAGAUUGAGAGAUGGCCAAACUCGGAGGAAUUACGGAAGUGAAAGGCGCUGCGAACAGCUCAGAGAUGGCCAAAUGCGGAGGAAUUACGGAAGUGAAAGACGCUGAGAACAGCUUAGAGAUGGCAAGCCUCGCUCGAUUUGCCGUUGACGAACACAACAAGAAAGAGAAUGCUUGUCUUGAGUUCAGCAAAGUCGUGAAUGCGAAGCAGCAGGUUGUUGCUGGAAUGAUGUAUUAUAUAACACUGGAAGCAACCAAUGGUGGUCAAAAGAAAGCUUAUGAAGCGAAGGUCUGGGAGAAGUCAUGGAUGAAAUUCAAGGAGUUGCAGGAAUUCAAGCCCAUCGGUGAUGCUCCUUCACACCCUAGUGCUUAGCUAGUAAUGACUUAUGUUCCAUGUGCAAGCAAAGCAUGGUAGGUUCCUUGCUGUAAGUUUAUUUUUAAGGCAUAAACUGAUGUUGUCAGUCAAACUCAGGUGAAGGUUCCAGUUGAAGGAUGCAAAGCUUUGAAGGUUCUGACCCAUUUGAAUGAAUAUUGGGGCUAUAUGUUUCAGUUUUUACUAGUACUGUGUAAUCUUGUUUUCUAUCUGAAACUUUCUGUGUUCUGUAUUAACUUUUAGCCUUGGAUUUGAUGGGAAUUAAGGACCUUUAUGAUAAAUAAAUAAAAUUGCAUGUUUAACAUUGCGAAA